AUGAAAACCCAAAAACUCGAGCUAAAGACUUGGACCAAUUCUAUUUACAACGCAUAUAUGUAUGGUUGUAAAGCUCCUUCGGAAUUAGCAAGGAUAUCAACAUAUGUAAACUCAAAACUUCUGUCAACAUAUGCUCUUAAUGAUAUCUUAAUUGCACAUCCAUGUCCAGCAGCACUUUCUCGGGUCUCAUUCAAAAUUGAAAGAGAUGACCAGCCAUUUUCCCCUUUAGUGUACUGUCGGUCAAGUGGUCUCAGAGUUUCAACAGCUGCCGGUUCAACGGCUGCAAUGCUCUCUGCUGGUGGAUUUCAAAUCCCCAUUUUAUCUCAGGAUCUCCAGUACAUGGUAAGAGAACCCAUUUCUCCUGGGGCAGCCUCUAGCUUGAUGAUGCACGGAUUAAUCAAAUCUGAUCAGUACAUUGAGGUCGCAUGGUUUUGUAACAAGGGUGUGAUAUACAUUGAUGGUUCUCAUGUUUGCUAUCCUAUCCAAAAUGGGGAUACUAUUGAAGUAUCUCCCAAGGCCCCAAUUCGGGUUGUACUUGUCUCUCUUGAGAUUGAAAGCUGCUUCAAUCAGAGGCCUUCUCAUAUUUUUCAGCGUUUACUGGUGUUAAGUUUCCACAUUCACAAUGGAAAUUCCAAGAAGCAAGGCCGUGUUUACAACAUUUCUUCUUCUUCUUCUUCUUCUUUUUGUUGUUGCCCCCAUUCAGUUUUUAAUUCUAAACUUGUGUCUUUGGAUGUGACUUUCAAUAUCGAGAUCAAAGAUUUUGACAACCACGAGCUUGAAAUUUUGGGAGCUAAAAACUCGAGUGGAACCCAGCAAUGUAGAUUUCUCAAGAUUGGCUCAUUGCCCUUUGGCGCGCCGACGCUCCCAAAUUUUUGA